AUGUCGUUCCUGUUUGGCGGUCAGUCUUCGAAAGCGCGACAGGAGCAAAAUCGUAAGGAUAAUCUAGUGACACAGUUUUGUCAAGUCACCGGUGCUGGCCAAGCAGACGCCGUUAAAUACUUGAAGAAGCAUAAUUACCGGCUCGAAGCCGCUCUUGACGGGUUGUACAAUGACCCGGCAGCGCUUGCUGCACUGACUGGAAAUACUAAUAAGGACGCGCAAUCGUCAGCAAAGAAGCUUGGAGAUAUAUUUGACAAAUACAAAGACGAUGAAGAUGGGGAUAGCAUCACGGUCGAAGGCACUAUGAACUUCUGUGGAGAUGUUGGUCUUGAUUUGGAGGAUGCGGUAAUUCUCGCUGUCUCACAUGAAUUGCAAUCGAAAUCGAUGGGCGAAUUCACACGGACAGGAUGGGUGGACGGAUGGAAGAAUCUCAAAUGCGACUCCCUGGAGUCUAUGAGGAAGGUCCUCCCUUCGUUGCGGUCGCGGUUGUCGAGCGAACCUGCGUACUUCAAAAUCAUUUACACAUACGCUUUCGACUUUGCGAAAGCCCUCGGUCAGCGGAGUAUUCCAGUCGAGAAUGCCAAAGCAUUCUGGGCAAUGUUACUGCCGAUUGGCCUUGAAGGCGAUGCGCUGAGGCGCGAGGAUGGAUGGAAAUCGGACCAUAAUGGUUGGUGGUUCGAGUUCUUAGAUGCUAAAGGGGGCAAAGGAAUCAGCAAGGAUGUCUGGAACAUGUUCUACGAGUUUAUAAGGUCGAUAGACAGCCGGUUCGAGAACUAUGAUGAGGAUGCUGCUUGGCCUUCGAUAAUUGAUGAUUUUGUCGUGUACAGUCGAGACCGGCUUAAAUCCUCCCAAUAGAGCUUAUAAUUGCGAUGUCUUGUUCUUCGCCUUCUGUGGUUAUUAUCUUGCUGUUGUAUUUUUGAUCGAUUAUUGGCAAACUAAGAUUUGCAUUUGACCGGGCGCUAAAUCCUAUCACAAUGUGUUUUAUCCUGAUGCACCGGCGAGGCCCACCGCGGUGGCCACGAGUUAUGCCUCGUGUCGGCCUCGAUGCUCGCUUCCUUAUUCAGGCUGGUUCCUUGCUCGGUUCGUCUGGAAUGCAAAUCCUUAUUGCAUUAGAAAGGGUUGUGGUUGUAUUAGUUGAAUUUCAGGUCAACUUCAGACAUCCAGG